AUGCAGCCGUGCCAUGCGAAUCCAUCGAUUCAACCGUCGCACUCGCAGCCAUCGUCGCAGCACAAGUUGAAGUCCAACUCCGCGUCCGGAGGAGCCCCACGUCACACUCCGGCACCUUUCGGCAGGCCCACCUCCCAUCACCGCCAUCACUCCCGCACACGGCAUCGCAAACCCAAAAAUCAACAAGCCACACCCCAAAUCCCGCGCCCUCGUCCACACCGUCGUCGUCGUCGUCCGCGCCCUUCAAGACCCUCCGGAGCCAUGGCCACCACAAAAACCACCAAGGGCAAGACCGCCUCCAAGGACGCCAAAGCCAAGUCCGCCAAAAAAGCCGCACUCCAGGGCGCCAACUCUCACCGAUCUCGCAAGACGCGGACCUCUGUCUCGUUCUACCGCCCCAAGACUCUCCGCCUUGCUCGUGACCCCAAGUACCCCCGCAAGUCUAUCCCUCAUGCACCCCGUAUGGAUCAGUUCAGGACGAUUGUUUCGCCCUUGAACACGGAAUCCGCAAUGAAGAAGAUCGAAGAGCACAACACGCUGGUGUUCAUCGUUGACGUCAAGGCCAACAAGCGUCAAAUCAAGGACGCGGUCAAGAAGCUCUACGAUGUGCAGGCUGCCAAGAUCAACACCCUCAUCCGACCGGAUGGCAAGAAGAAGGCAUACGUGCGAUUGACGGCCGAUCACGACGCUCUGGAUGUUGCCAACAAGAUUGGCUUCAUCUAAAUGUAUUAUGUAGCUGGAUUUCACUUGCACCUGUUCUUUUUUUUUCUCUGAGUAUUUCGAUUUUGUAUGCCCCCAUGCCCAUGCCCAUAAUGCGAUUUUUUAUGGCGAGA